GGUCUAUCACGCAUGGAUCAUUAAUUAAACCCUGACACUCUAGUUGGCUUUAAAAUCAUUACAUUUUUGCCUUAUCACCUUUAUAUUCCCCGUUCGAACUUUUGUCUCCUCAGAUUCUUCUUCCCAGGUUUUCCCUCCUUUUGUGAUCCCUUCGUCCCAGUCUCGGUGAAUCAAUUAUAUCAUCAUUAUUACAUACACACCGACGAGCUUAUCUCCGAUGCGCUGAAGUCCGUCUCACUCCAAAAUAGAACAACCAUCGCGAAAUCGGCCCCGGUAGCUGCUUUGGACUCAAGACGAAAGAUUUUGCAUCGCAAAAAAAAGAGAGAGGUGGAAAAAAAAAGACACGCGAAGGGAAUUGAGAAAGAAGAUUCAGGAAGCGACGAGGAGAGGGAAAGGUGAAAUGUCUUUGCCUCGGCCCUUUUCGCGGGUGCGAACAUUACUGCUGGCAGCGACCCUCGCAACCUUUCUUACCUAUUCUUUCUUGCAUUGGCAGCGCCUCGCAUAUGCGGAACAAGUGCAAUCGGCAACUAAACAGGGAGCAUCAUCAAUCAAUCGACCGGGCGGAGUAUUAACUCAGCCGGAAGGUCAUAUCAACUUCUGGCGAAAAUUCCAGCCUAUUUUAGCCGCAUAUCAGCCAAAAUGCGAGGCACCAUUGCGACUAGACAUGGCGCCGUCUAUCAGAUUCGAGCAAGCAAGCCCAGACUUCCGGCCUGAGGUAUUGGACAUGCUACAGGAUGACGUUGAUACCAUGAAGGAAGCGCAUACUGGAUUUGUCAACGAGAUCAAGGCUAAGCCACCCAAAUUACAUUAUGUUCCUAAUACAAGAGGGCUUGUCUCGACCGCUGGCGGCGAGUACUUACCUGUGUUGGUCAUCUCGCUCCGAAUGCUCCGGAGGACUGGCUCAGAACUACCGGUCGAGGCCUUCCUUGCCAAUGAUGAUGAGUAUGAGAACUACAUAUGUGAUGUAGUUCUUCCAUCUCUGAAUGCACGAUGUGUUGUUCUCUCCCAUAUCUUGGAUGCCGUUCCGAAAAUCAUGGACAUCCAGAAAUACCAAUUCAAACUGUUCGCCAUGAUGUUCUCUUCAUUCGAAGAAAUCCUGUUCUUAGAUGCUGACGCUUUCCCGUUACAUCAGCCAGAAAUACUAUUCAUGAACGAGCCUUUCAAGUCCAAAAAGAUGGUUACGUGGCCAGACUUUUGGGCGACUACCGUUUCAUCAUAUUAUUACGAGAUUGCAUCGCAGCCUAUGCCUUCGAACACCAUUCGACAAUCCAGCGAAUCUGGCGAGGUUCUCCUUUCUAAAAAGACACAUGCGGAGACUCUCCUUCUUAGUGUUUAUUAUAAUUUCUGGGGCCCUAAUUAUUAUUAUCCAUUACUAUCGCAAGGCGCAGCUGGCGAGGGCGACAAGGAAACCUUUGUUUCGGCUGCCCUGAAUCUUGGGGAAUCAUACUAUCAAGUUUCUGAACCCAUUUGUGCCAUUGGCCACGGUACCGAGGGCGGGUUGGCUGGGUCUGCAAUGGUUCAGUUUGACCCGAUCGAGGAUUACGCAUUGACACAAAAGGGGCAAUGGCGCGUCCAUGGAUCAGAUGCCCCUGCUCCUCGUGCUUUCUUCAUCCAUGCUAAUUUCCCCAAAUUCAACCCAGCCACUGUGUUUGAUAAGCAAACCGUCAAUCCGGCUUUCGCGGAUGACGGUAGCUACACCCGCGCAUGGACUAUCCCUGACGAGGUGAUUGGGAAAUUUAGUACAGAUGUCGAGAAACACUUCUGGAAAGAAAUUCUCUGGACGGGUUGUGAACUUGAGAACAAGUUUAGCUCCUGGAAGGAUCGCAAGGGCAUUUGCGAGGGAGUGAAAAAAUACUGGAAUGCAGUAUACGUGGACAAGACGUCUCCAAUGACAUAGGCAGUCUGGAGUGUCUUGGCUUAAGAGACUUUGCAUCAAUUCCUUCAUCAUCUCGCUGCUGUAGACCUCUUCAGUGUGAGUGGUCCUAUCACAAUAUGCAUCCCAGGCAUGUUAGCGUUCACAACAGCUAUGUUCAUGUUGCAUCCGCCCUAGACCGCAUCAAGUCCUAUAAAGAUUUCAUACCCGUCGAUUUUCGAUUAUCAUUGGACAGGUGAAAACAAGGAUGCUCCCCACGAACCUAGUCGGUAUAUACGGUACAGGUUCGGAAUGAGCCUCUCACUUCGAAUGCAACUGGUCUCAUAUCUAGUGUGAUAGUACUUCUAGCAUAUUCCGUGAUCUUCCUGACAGCUGCCAGUACCGCCAAGUCAGCACACUUGUAUCAUUCUUAUGUGGUAUGCACAACAUGCUGGCUGGCAAUCAGCCAACCAGAUCAUCUGUUGAGAAGCAGUGGAGAUUUUUUAUAUUGCCUGGGCUAGUCAGGCAUAUAUGAGUAUGGCUUUUCUUUCAGUUUCGAAUGUAUAUAUUGACG